CAUAACAAAUCAAACGACUGAAACAACCAUAAACAACUUCACCCAUUUCAUCUACACCAAUUUCAACACCAAUCUCAUCAAAAUCAAUGUCUGAAAUCGUGCUUUCUGCCAUCUUCUCUAUGAUCUCUGAUAAGCUGGCAUCUGCUGCCUCUGCCAGCUUAGAAAAACUUGCUCCUUACAAUGAAAUUGAUCCUUCUGAGAUAGAGAAAUUGCAGCGGUCACUGAUCCAGAUCCAAGAUCUGCUUCUUGAUGCUUCUCAGAAGGAGAUAACCAAUCGUUCCGUGAAACUAUGGCUCAAUGAUCUCCAGCACUUGGCUUACGACACAGAUGACCUACUUGACGAUUUAGCAACCGAUGCUAUGCACCUGAGCGACGAAGCAGAAACCCACACCAGCAAGGUAAGAAAGAUCUUAUCAUCAAUUCCUUUCUCAAAGCGUUCAUCAUGGACUAGGUCGAUGAAGAACAAGAUAGAUGAAAUUACCACCAGAUUACAAGAUUUAUUAGGGAAAAAAGACGAUCUUGGUUUGAUUGUGAAAGAGGCAACUAGGCCAAAAAAUAUCAAUAGAAGCUUGCAAACCUGUGUUUUUGAUCCAUCUAGUAUUGUGGGACGCCAAGCUGAGAAAGAGGAGUUGGUCCAAAGGUUAUUGGGGGUUGAACCAUCUGAUCGAAACUAUAGCAUAGUUCCAAUAGUUGGUAUGGGUGGGGUUGGGAAAACUACUAUGGCAAGACUUUUGUAUGAUGACCAGCAAGUCAAAGAUCACUUCAAACUCAGGGCAUGGGUUUGUGUUUCGGAUGACUUUGAUAGCUUUGGGAUAAGCAAACAUAUCUUUAAAGCUGUGGCACCGUUGGUAAAGGAGGAUUUUACAGAUAUGAAUUCGCUUCAAGUAGCUCUUCAAGAUCAACUAAAAGGGAAAGUCUUCUUAUUAGUGUUAGAUGAUGUGUGGAGUGAGAGGCGUGAUGAUUGGGAAACCCUCAUCAGGCCAUUUUAUACAUGUGCGCCCGGAAGCAAAAUCAUCAUAACAUCACGGAAGGAUAUAUUGCUAAAAAAACUGGGUUACAGUACUCCAAACAAGCAGCUGGGGAGGCUUUUAUAUGAUGAUGCUUUGUCCUUGUUUGCUGUUCAUGCUUUAGGCGUAAGAAAUUUUGAUUCACAUUUGUCACUUAAACCACAUGGUGAAGGCAUUGUGAAAAAAUGUAAUGGGUUGCCUUUGGCAUUGAUCGCACUUGGGACAUCACUGAGGACAAAAGAAGAUGAAGAUUCAUGGAAGGAAGUGUUAGAAAGUGAGAUAUGGAAAUUACCGGUUGAAGAUGAAAUCAUCCCUGCCCUAAGACUAAGCUACCAUGAUCUUUCGGGACCUUUGAAGCAGUUGUUUGCAUACUGCUCCUUGUUUCCCAAGGAUUUCCUGUUUGACAAGGAGGAGCUGGUUAAGUUAUGGAUGGCAGAAGGUUUCUUGCACCAGCCAACUCUAAGUGAUUCAACAGAAGAACACCUGGGUCAUGAAUUCUUUGAUGAGUUGUUGUCAAGGUCAUUUUUUCAACAUGCACCAAAUGAUGAAUCGUUGUUUGUGAUGCAUGACCUCAUGAAUGAUUUGGCAACAUCUGUUUCUGUUGAGUUUUUUUUAAGGUUAGAUAAUGAGAACGAGAAGAAUAUUAGGAAGGAAAGGUUGGAAAAGUACCGACACAUGUCAUUUGUUCGUGAGGAAUAUGUAGCUUACAAGAAGUUCAAGGCAUUUGAGAGAGCCAAAAGUUUGAGGACAUUCUUGGCAAGGUAUGUUGGGGAGGUAGAAAGCUGGCGACAUUUCUACUUAUCCCAGAAGAUUCUCACCGACUUGCUUCCUGAGGUACCACUACUAAGGGUUCUAAGUUUAAGUGGCUUUCAAAUAAGUGAGUUACCGGAGUCCAUUGGUACUUUGAGGCACUUGAGAUAUCUUAAUCUAUCUCGAACUCAUAUCACACAUUUACCGGAAACUGUUUGCAAUCUCUAUAACUUACAAUCAUUGAUCCUAUCCGGUUGUUGUGAAAUAACUAAAUUGCCCAAAAGCUUCCUACAACUCAAAAACUUGCGGCAUCUUGAUGUUAGGGACACCCCGCUUCUGUUUGAGAUGCUUUUAGAGAUUCGCAAGUUGAAAAGCCUACAAAUUACUCUCUCAAAAAUCAAUAUCGAAUGUGAAAGUGGAAUUGAAAUAGCCAAACUUAAAGACUUUAAGACUCUAUAUGAAAAAAUUUCCGUUGUAGGUUUGGGAAAAGUGCAAAACGCAACCUAUGUGCACGAGGCGAACUUUUCACAAAAGAAGCUUAGUGAGUUAGAGCUUAUAUGGAGUGGUGAGAAAUCACGAAAUGAAAUGCUUGAAAAGGCGGUCCUAAAUGAGUUGAAGCCUUGUGAUGAUAAGUUAAUACAACUGCAAAUCUGGUCAUACGGGGGACUAGCAUUUCCAAAUUGGGUUGGGGAUCCCUCGUUUAUUAAUUUAAAGCAUGUGUCAAUAAGGUAUUGUAAGAGAUGUACAUCAAUACCGCCACUGGGACAACUACUGUCACUGAAGGAGUUGUUAAUUGAAGGCUUACAUGGAGUGGAAGUUGUGGGUCUUGAGUUAUUUGGGACUGGUCGCACAUUUCCUUCACUUGAAAUUCUGAGUUUUAAAGAUAUGUAUGGGUGGAAGAAAUGGUCAGGGGCUGUGUUUCCACGCUUGCAAAAGCUUGAAAUAAAAGAGUGUCGUAAAUUGGUUGAAGUCACACUUGAAGCACUGCCUUCAUUGAAUGAUCUAGAUUUAGGUAACUGUGAUAGUGGUGUGUUGAGAAGUCUGGUUGAAGUAGCUUCAGCAGUCACUAAGUUGAGAAUAAGGGAUAUUUCAGGGCUUAAUGAUAUGGUGUGGAGAGGUGUUAUAGAGUAUCUUGGGGCAGUGGAAGAAUUAAGCAUACGGAGGUGUAAUGAAAUAAGAUACCUGGUGGUGAAAUCAGAUGCAGAUGCAAGUAAGAUUCUUGUGAAGCUGAGGAAACUGGAAGUGUGGCAUUGUGAUAAUUUGGAGAGUAUAGGAGAGAAAGAAGAGGAGGAGGAUAAUUGUAGGAGCAACCUCCUAACAUCUCUUAGGACGUUGUAUGUGUCUCAUUGUAAGAAAAUGGAGCGUUGCAGCUGUCCAGAUGGCAUUGAGGAGUUAAGGAUCUCUUAUUGUAGUUCAAUGACAGUUGUCUCCUUUCCAAACGGAGGACAGGAGAAGCUCAGGUCACUUCAAAUUGGUCAUUGCAGCAAACUAUUGGAAAGGGAGUGGGGAGGACAAAAAACGAACAACAACAGAAGCAGCAGCAUGCCCAUGCUUGAAUUUGUAUGGAUAAGUGAUUUUCCAAAUCUGAAAUCACUCAUUGAACUGAAUUGCUUGGUUCACCUCACCACAAUGAUAAUAGAAGAUUGUGAAAAUCUUGAGUCAUUUCCUGAAAGUAUGACGUCGUUAGAGAAACUGGAAAUAAGAAAUUGUCCCAAAUUGGAUGUUUCCUUUCUUGGUGAAAAUUUGAGGUCGUUGGAGGAACUAAGAAUAAUCAAUUGUGCAAGUAUGGAUUCUCCUUUUUUAAGUCGGGUUUGGCCUCCCAAUUUGCGUUCCUUAGAAAUAGGAAAGUUGAAGAAGCCCAUCUCAGAGUGGGGUCCACAGACAUUCCCAACCUCACUUGUGAAACUCAAGUUAUAUGAUGAAGAUGAAGUGAGUAGUUGUAGUGAAUUUUCUCAUUUUCUUCCUUCAUCUCUUACUUUUCUUAUAAUAGAUGGAUUUAAGAAAUUGGAAUCAUUUACAACGGACCUCCAACACCUCCAAGUUCUCACUUUUUUCAAUUGCCCGAAUCUGAAGAAAGUGUGUUCGCAUCCCCAACACCUCACCUCCCUCCACAAUCUCUCUUUUGGCUAUUGUCCAAAGAUGAUGGAUCUACCAGAAAUGUUGUUGCCUUCACUCUUGAGUUUAAGCAUCUGGGAUGAUUGCCCAAAACUGAGAGAAAGAUGCAGUAAAAGAGGCAGAUACUGGCCCCUAAUCUCCCAUAUCCCCCGUAUCGACAUAUGAAGACCCUAUCAACACUCACAACAGUGAGCAAAACCUUCGAUUUGGGUUCUCUUUUUUUUCUUUUUGUGGAUACCAAUUAGUGAUUUAUGCAUUGUUGAUGGUAGAUGUGGUGAUUUCAACCUUCUAUUAUAAAAGAAUCGGAUGUAUUUUGCUGGUAAAGUGUUGCUGCAUCUUAGUUGUGUUCUGCAUCUAAUGAAUGAUUCAUCAGACUGUGUACCAAUAUUUUAUUUUAUAUCCACUUGCUGCAUCGUAAAACAGAUUUGUAAUGUUUAUGUAUACAAAAUUGACUUCAAAUUGAUGAUUGUGUAUAUAUAUUUUGUUCUUCA